CCUGCUUGUUGUUUACCACAGAUACCGCAGGCGUUCCUGGAAUCCGACAAAGCCGUUAUCGCCCAUCUAGACACAGCCCACCGCUCCCACCUUAAUGACAAGGAACGCUUGCUCAAGAAAGCAGCUUUGCCGAGGGAACGGUGAUGGACUUCGAAGCGAUUCGCGAAAACAUCGAACAUGCCAUGAGCCAAGAGAUGCCUCAAAAAGACAAGGUCUGCCACAACGUCGUGGGCUGCUUCGACCAGAGAGGACUUUUGGCGCACAUCCGACUGCUGCCCAAAUCACCUGCCGAAAUUGCCACCCGGUUUCGGCUGUAUUCGCGCAGCGGCACGGACGUUCUCGACAUCUACGCCGCCGGCGGAAUGUCCUUGUCCAGGGCCUACCGUCCAGGCGCGCCGCUUAAGAUCCUGACACAUGGUUUGGGCGGCAGCGGCAACCUUACUUACCUGAACCAGAUGAAGGACGCCUUUCUGAGGCUGGAAGACGGAAACGUGGUCGUGGUGGACUGGGCGCGGGGCGCCUCGCCGUUGGACUACGCGCAGGCGUGCGCCAACGCGGAGCUGGUGGGCCGCGAGGUUGCCUUUCUGGUGUCCUCGCUGGCACACAAUGGCCUCGUGCUGCCCUGGAACGUGCACCUGAUCGGCUUCAGCCUGGGCGCCCAGCUGAUGGGCUUCGCUGCCAGGAGGUUGGCGCGCACCUACGGACUGAAGGCCGGCAGACUCACUGCCCUGGACUGCGCCGCGCCAUUGUUUGAGUUUCGCGGACUGCAUCCUCGCAAGCAGGACGUGCUGUAUUUGGAUGCUGUGCACACGAGCGCUGGCACAAACUUGCUCAUGGGCCACGUGGGGCUACGCAGACCGUUCGGCCACAUAGACUUCUAUCCCAACGGGGGCAUACAGCAGAAGGGCUGCGACGGCAAAGGCCUGGCUUGUUCGCACGAACGUGCAUACUUCUUCUUUGGAGAAUCGCUGAGUCAGUGGACGCGCUGCCGCUUCAAGUCCAUUGCUUGGCCCGAAGGAUGCCGCUUCUUUAGCGGCAAGCGCUGCGGUCGUGGUCCAGCCAUGGGACUCGAGUUCGGCCGCAUGGGCUACUUCAGCCCGUCGACUAAGGCUCGUGGGGUCCACUACCUGGAGACAAAUCCGGAGCCGCCCUUCUGCAAGGAGUAGAGGGCCCUGCAAGGCUGAAAGAAACCGGGAACAGCCGAAUCAUUCCUCUGACCUGGUGUGUGAGCAGACAGGUAAUGCGAAGGAAAUAAAAUGGCGCUGCAUAUGCACCACGAAAAAAAAAAACAUGAUUUUUCCAAAAUAAAAAGAGAAGGACCUCA